AUGGAUUCAAUUGAUCAGUUUCUAGAGACCGUCAGUAAAGGCGCCUACCCCAGGGAGUCGGAGGUGAUGAAGUUAUGCCAGACUGCUCACAACAUUCUUGAUGCAGAGGCCAAUACUCACGUGAUACGCGCACCAUGCACCAUUGUUGGUGAUAUCCAUGCUCAGUUUUUUGACCUUAUCGAGAUGUUUCGUGUAGGCGGAGAGGUCCCUGAUGUGAACUACGUGUUCAUGGGCGACUACGUUGACCGUGGACACCACGGCGUGGAGACAUUCCUUCUUCUGGUCGCCCUCAAGGUCAAGUAUCCCACUCGCGUAGUGCUUCUUCGCGGUAACCACGAGUCGCGCCAGAUUACGCAGGUAUACGGCUUCUAUGAUGAGUGUCUCCGAAAGUACGGCAGCGUUAAUGUGUGGCGCUACUGCACGGAGGUGUUUGAUCUUUUGCCCCUUGUGUGUGUUGUGGAAGAAAAG